GUCUUUCUUUAAAGCGCCAACUAGGAAACGGUCUCACUCACACACACACACACACACACACACACGCACGCAAAUGGCGUCUUUAUAACGCAUCUCGUUCAGCAGCUGAUUCUCCCGAAACUGCGAGGAGCGCCUCACGGUUAUUCCGAAGGAUCUUUGGGAUAUGAGGACCCUCUUAAGGCAGACAGUGUGUGUGUCUGAAGUCUGUGAAUUCUAUUGUUGAUUAUUGUUUAAUAAAUAAAAAAAGGUCUAUGGUGCUCAUAUUAAACAAUAAGCUGACCAGCUAGUGCACUAGAUAUAGCAGGCUACUGUUAGCUGCUCCACAUCGUUUUGGCUGUAAUCUGUGCUGUUUGAGGAUUACACACACACACACACACACACACACACACACACACACACACAGCCGGUUUGUAGCUCCUGAAGCUGGGACUGACGACUUACUCGUUCCCCAUCUUUGAAGCCAAGGAACCAUGACAACAGCACGCUAUAGACCUACCUGGGACCUGGCACUGGACCCGCUGGUGUCUUGUAAGCUGUGUCUAGGAGAGUUCCCCCUGGAGCAGAUGACCACCAUCACACAGUGUCAGUGUGUGUUCUGCACUCUGUGCCUGAAGCAAUAUGUGGAGCUUCUCAUUAAAGAAGGCCUGGAAACUGCUAUCAGCUGCCCGGACUCUGCCUGUCCAAAACGAGGACAUUUGCAAGAAAAUGAGAUUGAGUGCAUGGUGGCGUCGGAGAUAAUGCAGAGAUACAGGAAACUACAGUUCGAAAAAGAGGUGCUUUUGGACCCGUGCCGGACGUGGUGCCCGUCAUCAUCAUGCCAAGCCGUGUGCCAGCUGAAGGAGGCGGAUUCUGCCCGGCCGCAGCUGGUACGCUGUGGUAACUGCACGCUGGAAUUCUGUUCUGCUUGCAAGGCCAGCUGGCACCCAGGCCAGGAGUGUCAAGAGAAUCCACCCCUCACUGCCUUUCUGCCUGGUGAGAGCAGUUCUUUCUUUAAGAGUGACGACGAUGACGCUCCUAUCAAGCGCUGUCCCAAAUGUAAAGUGUACAUAGAGCGAGACGAAGGUUGUGCCCAGAUGAUGUGUAAGAACUGCAAACAUGCUUUCUGCUGGUACUGCCUGGAGUCUCUGGACGACGACUUUCUCCUGAUCCAUUAUGAUAAAGGACCCUGCCGCAACAAGCUGGGCCACUCCAGAGCUUCGGUGAUUUGGCACAGAACACAGGUCAUUGGAAUCUUUGCUGGUUUCGGCCUGCUCUUGCUGGUAGCUUCUCCGUUCCUGCUCUUAGCCACACCUUUCGUGCUGUGCUGCAAGUGCAAGUGCAGCAAAGGGGACGACGACCCCUUACCAACCUAAUAGACUCCACGACCUCCGUCUCCUUUUGUUUUCUUUUUUCCUCUCCCCCACACACUCUGGCUUGAAGCUCUCGGAGCGCCUUUGGAGCCGCCCUGCGACCCAUCUCACGCCACAACUUGGCUCGGUUCCAGGAGAUAGGUAGCGGAUAGCGGGCACGCUGGCAUCGACAACACCAGGCAAGACCUUCCAGAUGUGCUGGAUGUAACGCAGUACAUGGGAACGGUGGAGUCGCCAGUCGUGCACUCUCGCAGCGUUCUGAUUUAUAGGGGACGGGACAUAUUUAGCUCGAUGCCUGUUGUUCUAUUUAGGGGCCUUUGGGAUAUAGUGGAUCUGCUUGUGGAGGGCUCAUUAACGAAAUACAUACUCACGCUGUACUUUCUGUAGCUUUGUGUGUAUAGUAGCACUUGAGUCACUCAACAUUUUAAUGGUUUCUCACUUUAACUUGGACACACAAGGGGUUGUUUGGACACUUUGCAGCCUGCUGUGUGAGUAGGGUCUUUAAUCAAAUGUACAGCAUGUUGUUUACCUUGGUCUUUUUUUUUGUUUCAAUUAUUAUUCUCAUUGUCUUGUUUUCCUGUUUUUAGUAAUAGAGUUGGUUCACCAAAUUUUCACAUCAGCAUCGCUGCUAUCAGCAAAAGCUUUCUUUGUUGAAAUUCUGUCACAUAUCAUCAUAUUGCUAGGGUUUUCUUCUUAUGUCUCAUUAGAUCCGGUUAUUUUUUUUCCCACAUUUAAAAUAAUUCACAAAGCACUUUACCAAAUUGACGCAUGUUCGCAGCCCAAAUGAUGAGCACCAAAUAAAAUAUUUAUCCUGCUUGUUAA